CUGUCCUGUUCACUUCCCGGUGAUAGUAGCCUCCUGUGACAGCAGCGGGCUAAGUUAGCUAGCUUCACCCACUUUUCACACCACUGCUGACUGACCUCCGCUCCUAAGAUGGCUGGUGUUCGAGCUCUUGGUGUUCUCUCCAGAUUGACAUCCAGGAGAUACGCUCUUUAUACAGGUAGAGACUGUAUAAACGCUUACAUUGAGCAGACCUGAUGGAAUAAUGGGGUUUACUCUGUGUCUAAUUAGCUUGUUAGAUUAGCUGUUAGCUCCGAAGGACGUCCUGCAGAAAUGUGCUCUUAACUCUUCACAGAAAAGUCUGCGAGCUCUCUAACUAAACAUACAUUGAAUUGAAAGCGAUUCUGAAGUAUUCUUUGGUAUAAAUCUUUUUAAACGUGAAAACUUUACUGUGAAUCGAAAGCUAAGCUAAAGACAGCUACAGAAAGCCACAAGUCCAAAAAGCUCUGAUUUUGAAUUAUAAGUUCAUAAGCUAUUUCUUUAGCACUGAAUGUGUGUAUUUACAUAGUUGAGAGAGAGAUUUCUAGACCUUCUCCAUUGACUCUUAAUGGUGUUGGUUGCUGUGUUUGAAUGGCAGACAGGGAAUGUAGGUGAAGGGUCACUUUCCACACCAUGACUGAGACAAUCUGAGGUCACUGCUGUGUUAUGUGAACCCAAUUUAAACCUCUCAUCUGUGUGUUUACAUGUAAUUAUAAGAGUGUUUUACAAUUUGAAUAGUCAGGUUACACAUCCCAGCACGUUAAAGCAGAUUUUACGUCUUUACAAACUUAGUUGGAGGUAUGAUGUAAUGUUAAUAUGCCUUUUGAUUGGCUUCUUUCAGGCAACAACUUCCGCACCUUCUCAGUCGCCCCAGUCAUGCAAGGUAAACCCAAAGUGUUUGUGCAUGUCAGUAUUCGCAGGGUACAGUGGCACGUUUAUUUCCUCACCGUACAUUUUAUUCUCUUUCUAUUUUUAGCCCGAACUCAUGUGAACUAUGAAGUCAAGGACAAUGUUGCUGUAGUACGGCUGAACGACCCAACCUCAAAGGUGUGAAAUCAUCUUUAAAAUGAAUGAAUUUAGGUGUUUUUCUCCUAUAAUGCUGCAGAUGUUAUAGGAAACAUGGGGUCAUUUGUCUCUUCCAGGUCAACACACUGUCAAUCCAGAUGCAAAAUGAGCUAACAGAGGUGAUGUCUGAAGUGUGGGCGAACAAUGUGGUUCAGAGCGCGGUCCUCAUCUCCUCAAAGCCUGGAUGCUUCAUCGCAGGAGCGGAUAUCAAGUAAGAGAAAUGUAUUUAGUUUGCUGGGUCUAUAAGUUUGAAACAUGUUUGUAAGGUUCACCUACUUUCGUUUCAGUAUGAUCGCUGCUUGUGAGACCGCAGAGGAGGUCACCAAACUCAGUCAGGAGGGGCAGAAGAUGUUCGAUCUGAUUGAAAAAUCUCCCAAGCCCGUCGUUGCUGCCAUCAACGGCUCUUGCUUGGGAGGAGGCCUAGAGGUAAGCAAACAUUAUUUACAUAUAUAAUUGACUAUCCUGAAGUUUUUGACUAGUUAGUGUGAUAAUGUGUAUCCUCUCUUUCUGCAUUUCAGUUUGCCAUUGCCUGCCAGUACAGAAUUGCAACAAAGAGCAAGAAGACGGUUCUCGGUACCCCUGAGGUGAUGCUGGGUCUUUUACCGGGAGCUGGUGGCACUCAGAGACUCCCUAAAAUGGUUAGUGUUGAGAGUGUAUUCCACAUGUUUCUGAUAAUAUUAGCUUAUCAUUUUAGGAUAAUAAAAUAAUAUGUAAAAGUGCGCUGCAAUGGUUAUGACAUCGUAACUACCUGGAUGAAGCCGGGCACAAAAUAAUCUGCUUAAUGCUGCUAAUUGGUUUAAGAUUUUUACCUUCACCUCUGAGACCCUGCAAACAGAUUAUGUCCCCCCUGACGAUCAUGUCUUGUCCUUCAAAGUAUAGACGAUUACAACUAACUUUUAGAAACAGACACAGAAAUUAGAACUUUUUUUUUUUAAUCAUUAUCAGGUUGGAAUUCCCAGUGCCUUUGACAUGAUGCUGACAGGGAGAAAUAUCCGCGCAGAUAAAGCCAAAAAGAUGGGGCUUGUCGACCAACUGGUUGACCCUCUGGGUAAGAUAUUCCUACUCAGAUUUUUAGUAAAAUCUAAAUUAGAUUUCUCCAUCAAUAGUGUUUUAAUUAGCAGCUUGGAAACAUAUUGUUUUAAAAUCUUCCUUUUUGUGUUGGUAUUACAGGACCUGGUCUGAAGAGUCCAGAGGAAAGAACGAUAGAAUACCUCGAGGAAGUUGCUGUUGAAUAUGCCAAAGGGAUUGUAAAUAAGAAGAUCCCUCUCCACAAGCCGAAAGGCACGAUGCAGAGUAAGAUGAGCAGCAUUCAUUCAGUAUUUGCUUAUUCUUCGAGUUUAUACCCCUUUGAAAACAUUCGUUAACAGUUAAAUGUUUCUCCUCAUAGAAAUUCAGGACUACAUUAUGGGCAUUGAGCUUGUCCGGAAUCAAAUCUACAAAACUGUCCACGGAAAAGUUAUGAAACAGAGCAAGGGACUUUAUCCAGCACCCCUGAAAAUCAUUGAGGUAAGUUACAGCUCCCUCUGUUUUUAAAACAUCUGUAGGGUAUGAGGAGAAAUUUGAGUGACAAGCCUGCCUCGAGAUUCUUCAUCAGUUUCGAAAAAGGAGUCAAACUAGUUAGAAACAUCUUUUUUCAUAGUUAUUGGUUUAUUGUAUCCAAGUAAAGUUGAAAUGGUACAAAGGUAGCUUUUAAAAUUACUAAAAACAAUUGAAUUUAUCAGUAACUAAUUCAUGUUUUGAUAGAUUUUCAUCUCGUUAGCUAUAUAUGACUGUUCUGAUCACUCACUGUGUUAUUCUAAUCGUGUGUGAAUAUUCUCUCUUCCCAGUGUGUGAAGACUGGAAUUGAACAAGGCCCCACAGCAGGAUACUUGGCAGAGUCUCAGGUAAGUUUUGUCGGCCUAUGUCCUGGGCAGAUUAAGCAUAUUAAGUCGUAUAUCAUGUAAGUGAGCAUCAGCUGUGUUAACUCCUGUUUCAGAACUUUGGCAAGCUGGCAAGAACCACAGAAUCAGGAGCUCUGAUUGGUCUGUACCACGGUCAAGUUGCAUGCAAGAAGAACCGCUUUGGAGUUCCUGAGAAAGAAGUAAAGUAAGUGUGGAGCACUUUUAACACAUAGUCAACCUGCAAAGCUCCACACCAGUUCUUUGGUCAAAUAUUUGACAAGGACUGAUAACAAAAAACACUCCACAUACAUAAAUGCUAAUGUUUGUUAAGGUUCUUAAUACAGAGUGUCUUCUUGUUUUAGGACUCUUGCCAUCUUGGGAGCAGGUCUGAUGGGAGCAGGUAUCGCUCAGGUGUCUGUGGACAAAGGUUUACACACAAUCCUGAAGGACACAGCUGAGGCUGGGCUGGCCAGAGGAGAGCAGCAGGUUUACAAAGGGUGAGAUUUCUUAUCAGAGGAAAAAAUAUAUAUAAUUAUAGAAUAACUGAAAACUUUUAAAUUAGCUUUGAAAUCUGAUACUUUAAAAUAUUUUAAAUGAUUAAACUCUUCUUCUAAAAAGGCUGAAUGACAAGACCAAAAAGAAGGCCAUCACGUCCUUCCAGAGAGACUCCAUCCUGUCCAACCUGACCGGCCAGCUGGACUACAGCGGCUUUGAGAAGGCGGACAUGGUUAUUGAGGCUGUGUUUGAGGACAUCAACAUCAAACAUGCAGUCCUGAAGCAGGUGGAGGCUGUAAGUAUGAAAGCAAAAAAAAAUGAAAGAUGUCCUCAUGUAUCAGUCACAUAUACCCUCGAGCUACCAUCUAACAUUCCUCUGCAGGUUGUUUCCCCUCACUGCAUAUUUGCCAGCAACACGUCUGCUCUGCCCAUCAAAGAUAUCGCUGCUGCCAGCAAGAGGCCUGACAAGGUCGGUACUUGGCAGUCGUUUAGUUUAAAAGUGCCUUUUAAAUGAAAUCACUCAUGUAAAUUUGAUCAUUUCUCUUUGAAUUUCAGGUGAUUGGAAUGCACUACUUCUCUCCAGUGGACAAGAUGCAGCUGCUGGAGAUCAUAACCACUGAGAAGACGUCAAAGGACACCACAGCCUCUGCAGUGGCGGUCGGCCUCAAGCAGGGCAAAGUCAUCAUCGUAGUUGGGGUAAGGUGUUUAUUUUCCUUUUUAAAUUGCUCUACAAGUUGUAAAGUUAUGUUCAGCAGUUAUGCAAAAGUUGUAGCAUGCACUCUUAAAUAUGACCGUUUUUACAGGAUGGUCCUGGAUUCUACACGACAAGGUGUCUGGCUCCCAUGUUGGCUGAAGCAGUGCGAGUACUUCAGGUUAGUAGUAGUACUCAUGACGGUAACCCUGACUUUGUUAUUUACUGUUUUACUUAUAAUAAACUCACUAUUAAUGGAUCUAUUACAGGAAGGAGUCGACCCCAAGAAGUUAGACUCACUCACCACAAGCUUUGGGUUCCCUGUGGGUGCAGCCACGCUGGCUGAUGAAGUCGGCAUUGACGUCGCUGCUCACGUAGCUGAGGACCUCGGCAAAGCCUUCGGCUCCCGCUUUGGAGGAGGAAAUGUGGAGGUUCUGAAGACCAUGGUGGACCUGGGAUUUAAGGGUAUAAAUAUUGAGUUAUUUGACCCCACUUUAAAGAACAUUUUAAAAUGUCUGUUUAGUGUACAAAGUGUUUUAUUAUAGCAUAAUCUUUGUUUUGUUUUUGAUCGGAAGGACGCAAAUCAGGAAAGGGUUGCUACGUCUACCAGGCAGGCCUCAAAGUCAAAGAAAUCAACCCAGACAUCGGUGACAUCCUGGAGAAAUACAGAAUGACACCAAAUCCUGCAGUGUAAGUUCAAACUGGGGCGAUCUAAAACUAGCCAUACCAUUAACAAAGUCAUCAGAUGUUACUGCUACACUAAGAGCACAUGCUGUUAUUCCACAUGGAAAACCAAAACUCUAAAGUCGUUAUAUGUUGUCACAGUUUGUUUCUGUUCUUGUGAAUCUUUUUGCAGCUCAUCGGACUCUGAUGUGCAGUACAGGCUGGUGUCUCGAUUCGUCAACGAGGCCGUGUUGUGUUUGCAGGAGGGUAUUUUGAACAACCCUCUGGAGGGAGACAUCGGCGCUGUGUUCGGUCUGGGAUUCCCUCCCUGCCUUGGAGGUCAGAGUUCCUCCUUAAUCUUGGUCAUCUAAGUCGCUUGUGCUCCUGUCUGUGAAGGGAGAGCAUAACAUCUCAAAAGAGCUUCCUUUUGAUCUGUGUUACAUAUGAAAUUAGAAAGCCCAGAGGUGAUGGUGACAACGUAUUUUAGGAUGUAGACUAAGUUAUCAUUUAAUCUGUGUUUGGUUUUAUUCAGGGUUCAGUAUUUUAGUCUGAAUCAGGAUUUGCGCUUUCAUUGAGCCGAUUUAAAGAUGAUUAGAUCAGACUAAGCCAAUUUCUUUGAGAUAAAGACCAAACACAGAAGGGCACUGAUCAAAUGAAUUCACUCUGAAGUAAACAGACACCCUACAGUGGUGAGUUUUAGACAUAUUUGACACGAUAAAAACAGCAAUUAACAAAACCAAAGUAUGUCAAACUGUUAGGAAAGAAAUGUAGAAAUCAACUGCAGAUACAUUUAAAGUUACACCAACCAGAGUAUUUUUUAGAGGAAAACCACAAAAUUACAAUUUAGAUAUUAAAGAUAUCCAUAUUUAUUAGAUUGUGUUACUUAGAUGGUUCAGGUUUGAGCCACAAGUGAGUUAAAGAUAUUUUAAAGGUGCAGCGGGUAGCAUUUAGAAGCAUUUAACAGUAUAUGUUAAGUUAGUAGGAGUGGAGUAUGAUAUUCAUACGCCUGUUUAAUCUAGUGUGCAAUCACCUGAAUAUAAAAAUCAUAUAUAUAUAUAUAUUUUUUUUCUGAAUGAGACUUUUAUAUCUACAUAAGGAGCAGGUCCCAUUCCAUUGAGGUUGCCAUCUUGUACCAGCAAAUUUUUUGGUUUCUUGCAGAGGGACAGAAUAGAAAAAUUGGAAAGGGCUCGAUGCAAUAAUGUGUUUAGUAAGCGGCUGUGCAAAAUACACCAGUUAGAAAAUGAAGACAAAAAUGGUAAAAACACUUAUCAUGCACCUUCAUGUUUUGUAGCGACAUUAAAGGAGACGUUUUCAAAUAGUGAAAAUAAAACACUUGAAGGGUCUGGACGGUUGUCAAAGUGGUAACAAGAUAAAUUCUGACUGGAUCUAUUUAAAACCACACACGAUAAAAAUUAAUAUUGAUAAGACUGAAUAACUGGGGCUGAAACUCUUAAGUACAACGAGCAUCCAGUCAUGAGCGUCGAGUCCACAAUUGGAAGUUUCUUAAACUUGCUGUGAUAGAGGGUCUCAACAGCAAGGCAGAGGUAAAUAGGAGUUAUAGUAAACCACUUUGAGUCCAACAGAUUGAUCUUGACACCGGAUAAUCCUGGGGUCAAUUUAACCUAGAUAUGAAUCUGAUCACAGCAAAGCCACUCAGGCAGAUUCCAGUGCACUGACUUCGAUGGGUUUUCUGUGAUUGUAUGCCUGACAUAUUUACGUAUCUGUUUCCAGGACCCUUCCGUUUCGUGGACUCCUUCGGCGCAGACAAGCUGGUGGAGAAGAUGAGGCAGUACGAAGCCGUGUACGGGAAUCAGUUCACACCAUGCCAACUCUUACUGGACCACGCCAGUGAUCCCAGCAAGAAAUUUCACAAGUGACCGGGCCGCCGUGUGUGCCAGUAGCAGUUCUCAGUAGAUAAACUCCAGCCUCCCGCUAAAAUGUGCCUAACGUUUAUAUCAGGAGUGGGGGCAAAAACAACGAAAACACAACCAGUUUCAUGUAAAGUGGGUACAAAUAGCUAAAACCAAAGCAGGCUAAUAUAAAGGAAAUGCACUAGAUCAUAUCUACAGAAUGACUGCAGCUGUUUUUGAGGAUUUUUUCACAUUAUAACAUCUAUGAGGAUGUAAUUCCAGGUACUAGCGAGCUCUAUUGUGUUAUAAUUUAUAAAUAAGAGGCUCUAUGUUGGUGUUAACCUAAACCUACUGAUGUGACUAAGGUGGAGUAAGCCUUAAUGACAUCUGAGCAUUAAAACCUACAGGGGAAAUAGGAUUUACUUGGGACUGUAUUGGUUUUAGCUGGUUGUACCUCUUAAUAAAAUAGAAACUGAGCGUGUAAUGUCAGCAAAAAAACAUUGAUGGUGGUUUUUUUGUACUUUUAACAUUGAUUUGCUUGAUGGUGUAUAAACUAAGGAGCAGAGGGAGGCUGAUUGUUCUCACAUUUUGGAUGUAAAGAUGCUCUAGAGGCAGAAAAGUAAAAAUAUUUUCCAUCAUUCAAAAAUAAUUCUUCAUUAUUAAUGAAUGUCUAUCAGUGUCUUUCUUUUUUGUACAUUUGGAGCCUGGUUUAAACAACAAUGAUGUAAAUGUGAAGCCUGAAAUAAAUUUUGUUAUGAAUCAAUCUAAA